GAGCCCAGCACAGCCCUGGGGUGGGAAGGGAGGCCGAGGCUCCCACCUGAAGAUUGGCCCAGUCCUCAGGUUUCACUCAUGACCCUGUGACAUCAGCGGCAGCAGCUGUCCCCGUCGGCCCGGCCCCCCGGCCAAGUCCCCCAGAGUUCCAGCCCCAGCCCGAGGUGGGCACGACGCUCCGGGCUCGGCAGCGAGCGCUCCGCUCCCGUCCAACUGCUGAAGCCACACGCUCCCCAGAACUUGGGUCCAGGAGGCGGUUGAAGGCACUGGGGCAUUGGCCCCAAAUCCCCAAGGCCGAAGAGGAUCUGGUUGGUUUGCUGUCGGUCCAGAGGGCAGCCAGCCCCCUGCUGGGGAGAGGGUGGUGCGGGGCUCGGGGGUGAUGCUCUUGUGUCCAGCACCAGUGCAGCAGCAGCAGCACCCGGGCCCUGCAGUCACAGCUCCCAGUCCCAACAGAGCCUGUGUGCCAACCUCCCUGCCCUGGCCCCUGGGCAGGCAGGAGGUGAGUAGUGGACAGCAGGCCCAGGGCGGGGUGGCCGCCCAGCACCCCGGGGGCUGCACGCUGCAGCUGCCCCAGCGGCUCACCACCCUGCGGGACCCUGAGCCCAGGAUGCGAGGAUGGCCAACCCAUCUCUGCCCGCGGUGGUGCCUCUGGGCCCCGAGAGCCUGCGCCCCUUCACCCGGGAGUCCCUGGCUGCCAUAGAGCAGCGGGUGGUGGAGGAGGAGGCCCGGCAGCAGCGGAACAAGCAGAUGGAGAUCGAGGAGCCAGAACGGAAGCCUCGCAGCGACCUGGAGGCUGGCAAAAACCUGCCCCUUAUCUAUGGGGACCCCCCACCCGAGGUCAUCGGCAUCCCUCUGGAGGACCUGGAUCCCUACUACAGCGACAAGAAGACCUUCAUCGUGCUCAACAAGGGCAAGGCCAUCUUCCGCUUCUCUGCCACGCCUGCUCUCUACGUGCUGAGCCCCUUCAGCGUCGUCAGGCGCAGCGCCAUCAAGGUGCUCAUCCACUCGCUGUUCAGUAUGUUCAUCAUGAUCACGAUCCUGACCAACUGCGUGUUCAUGACCAUGAGCGACCCGCCUUCCUGGUCCAAGAAUGUGGAGUACACCUUCACAGGGAUCUACACCUUUGAGUCGCUCAUCAAGAUACUGGCCCGAGGCUUCUGCAUCGACAGCUUCACAUUCCUCCGGGACCCCUGGAACUGGCUAGACUUCAGCGUCAUCAUGAUGGCGUACCUGACGGAGUUCGUAGACUUGGGCAACAUCUCAGCCCUGAGAACCUUCCGGGUGCUGCGGGCCCUGAAGACCAUCACGGUCAUUCCAGGGCUGAAGACGAUUGUGGGGGCCCUGAUCCAGUCGGUGAAAAAGCUGUCGGACGUGAUGAUCCUCACCGUCUUCUGCCUGAGCGUCUUCGCCCUGGUGGGGCUGCAGCUCUUCAUGGGAAACCUCCGGCAGAAGUGCGUGCGCUGGCCCCCGCCCUUCAACGACACCAACACCACGUGGUCCGGCAAUGACAUGUGGUCCGGCAAUGACACGUGGUAUGGCAAUGACACGUGGUCCGGCAAUGACACGUGGAUCAGCAACUCUACCUUUGACUGGGAUGCCUACAUCAGUGAUGAAGGGAACUUCUAUUUCCUGGAGGGAUCCAGUGAUGCCCUGCUCUGUGGGAACAGCAGUGACGCCGGGCACUGCCCCGAGGGUUACGCAUGCAUUAAAGCAGGGCGGAACCCCAACUAUGGCUACACCAGCUACGAUACCUUCAGCUGGGCCUUCCUGGCGCUCUUCCGCCUCAUGACACAGGACUACUGGGAAAACCUCUUCCAGCUGACCCUCCGAGCGGCCGGCAAGACCUACAUGAUCUUCUUCGUGGUCAUCAUUUUCCUGGGCUCCUUCUACCUCAUCAACCUGAUCCUGGCGGUGGUAGCCAUGGCAUAUGCGGAGCAGAACGAGGCCACCUUGGCCGAGGAUCAGGAGAAAGAAGAAGAGUUUCAGCAGAUGCUGGAGAAAUUCAAAAAGCAGCAGGAGGAGCAGGAGAAGGCCAAGGCCGCCCAGGCUCUGGAAGGCGGGGAGGCAGAUGGUGACCCAGCCCGCGGCAAAGACUGCAACGGCAGCCUGGACACAUCGGUGGGGGAGAAGGGGCCCCCGAGGCCGAGCUGCAGCGCAGACAGCGGCAUCUCAGACGCUAUGGAAGAGCUGGAAGAGGCCCACCAGAAGUGCCCACCGUGGUGGUACAAGUGCUCCCACAAAGUGCUCAUAUGGAACUGCUGCGGCCCCUGGGUGAAGUUCAAGAAAAUCAUCCACCUGAUUGUCAUGGACCCCUUCGUGGACCUGGGCAUCACCAUCUGCAUCGUGCUCAACACCCUCUUCAUGGCCAUGGAGCAUUACCCCAUGACCGAGGAGUUUGACGCCGUCCUCACCGUGGGCAACUUGGUCUUCACGGGCAUCUUCACGGCGGAGAUGGUGCUGAAGCUCAUCGCCAUGGACCCCUACGAGUACUUCCAGCAGGGCUGGAACAUCUUCGACAGUAUCAUCGUCACCCUCAGCCUCGUGGAACUGGGCCUGGCCAACGUGCAGGGGCUGUCCGUGCUCCGAUCCUUCCGUCUGCUGCGGGUCUUCAAGCUGGCCAAGUCGUGGCCGACGCUGAACAUGCUCAUCAAGAUCAUCGGCAACUCGGUGGGGGCGCUGGGCAACCUGACGCUGGUGCUGGCCAUCAUCGUGUUCAUCUUCGCCGUGGUGGGCAUGCAGCUGUUCGGCAAGAGCUACAAGGAGUGCGUGUGCAAGAUCGCCUCGGACUGCAGCCUGCCCCGCUGGCACAUGCACGACUUCUUCCACUCCUUCCUCAUCGUCUUCCGCAUCCUGUGCGGGGAGUGGAUCGAGACCAUGUGGGACUGCAUGGAGGUGGCCGGCCAGGCCAUGUGCCUCACGGUCUUCCUCAUGGUCAUGGUCAUCGGCAACCUGGUGGUCCUGAACCUCUUCUUGGCCCUGCUGCUCAGCUCCUUCAGCGCCGACAGCCUGGCGGCCUCGGACGAGGACGGCGAGAUGAACAACCUGCAGAUCGCCAUCGCCCGCAUCAAGUGGGGCAUCGGCUUCGCCAAGGCCUUCCUGGUGGGGCUGCUGCACGGCAAGAUCCUGAGCCCCAAGGAGAUCAUGCUCAGCCUCGGGGGAAUCGGGGAGGCCGUCGAGGCUGUCGAGGCUGGGGACAGUGCCUCCGAGGAUGAGAAGAAGGAGCCACCACCCGAGGAGGGUGACAAGGACUUCAAGAUGGACAACCACAUCCUGAACCACAUGGGCCUGGCUGACGGCCCUCCCCCCAGCAUCGAGCUGGACCACCUCAACUUCAUCAACAAUCCCUACCUGACCAUCCACGUGCCCAUUGCCUCGGAGGAGUCGGACCUGGAGAUGCCCACAGAGGAGGAAACUGACACCUUCUCGGAGCCUGAGGAUGUCAAGAAGCCGCUGCAGCCCCUCGACGGGAACUCCUCCGUCUGCAGCACUGCCGACUACAAGCCCCCCGAGGAGGACCCUGAGGAACAGGCCGAGGAGAACCCUGAGGGGGAGCAGCCUGAGGAGUGCUUCACCGAGGCCUGUGUGCAGCGCUUUCCCUGCCUCUAUGUGGACAUCUCCCAGGGCCGAGGCAAGAUGUGGUGGACCCUCCGCCGGGCCUGCUUCAAGAUUGUCGAGCACAACUGGUUCGAGACCUUCAUCGUCUUCAUGAUCCUGCUCAGCAGUGGAGCCUUGGCCUUCGAGGACAUCUACAUCGAGCAGCGGCGCAUCAUCCGCACCAUCCUGGAGUACGCGGACAAGGUCUUCACCUAUGUCUUCAUCAUAGAGAUGCUGCUCAAGUGGGUAGCCUAUGGCUUCAAGGUGUACUUCACCAACGCCUGGUGCUGGCUCGACUUCCUCAUCGUGGACGUCUCCAUCAUCAGCCUGGUGGCCAACUGGUUGGGCUACUCGGAGCUGGGACCCAUCAAAUCCCUGAGGACGCUGCGGGCUCUGCGUCCCCUGAGGGCACUGUCCAGAUUCGAGGGCAUGAGGGUGGUGGUGAAUGCCCUCCUAGGAGCCAUCCCUUCCAUCAUGAAUGUGCUGCUCGUCUGCCUCAUCUUCUGGCUCAUCUUCAGCAUCAUGGGCGUCAACCUGUUCGCUGGCAAGUUCUAUUACUGCAUCAACACCACCACCUCCGAGAGGUUCGACAUCUCCGAGGUCAACAACAAGUCCGAGUGCGAGAGCCUGAUGCACACCGGCCAGGUCCGCUGGCUCAACGUCAAGGUCAACUACGACAACGUGGGUCUGGGCUACCUCUCCCUCCUGCAGGUGGCCACCUUCAAGGGCUGGAUGGACAUCAUGUACGCAGCUGUGGACUCCCGGGAGAAGGAGGAGCAGCCUCAGUACGAGGUGAACCUCUACAUGUACCUCUAUUUCGUCAUCUUCAUCAUCUUCGGGUCCUUCUUCACCCUCAACCUCUUCAUUGGCGUCAUCAUCGAUAACUUCAACCAGCAGAAGAAGAAGUUUGGAGGGAAAGACAUCUUCAUGACAGAGGAACAGAAGAAAUACUACAAUGCCAUGAAGAAGCUUGGCUCCAAGAAGCCUCAGAAGCCCAUUCCCCGGCCCCAGAACAAGAUCCAGGGCGUGGUGUACGACCUGGUGACGAAGCAGGCGUUCGACAUCACCAUCAUGAUGCUCAUCUGCCUGAACAUGGUCACCAUGAUGGUGGAGACGGACGAGCAGAGCCAGCUCAAGGUGGACAUUCUCUACACCAUCAACAUGGUCUUCAUCAUCGUCUUCACGGGCGAGUGCCUGCUCAAGAUGCUCGCCCUCCGCCAGUACUACUUCACCGUCGGCUGGAACAUCUUCGACUUUGUGGUCGUCAUCCUGUCCAUCGUGGGCCUCGCCCUCUCCGACCUGAUCCAGAAAUACUUCGUGUCCCCCACGCUGUUUCGUGUGAUCCGCCUGGCCAGGAUCGGUCGCGUCCUGCGGCUGAUCCGCGGGGCCAAGGGCAUCCGGACGCUGCUCUUUGCCCUCAUGAUGUCGCUGCCCGCCCUCUUCAACAUCGGCCUGCUCCUCUUCCUGGUCAUGUUCAUCUACUCCAUCUUCGGCAUGUCCAACUUCGCCUACGUCAAGAAGGAGUCGGGCAUCGACGACAUGUUCAACUUCGAGACCUUCGGCAACAGCAUCAUCUGCCUCUUCGAGAUCACGACGUCGGCGGGCUGGGACGGGCUCCUCAACCCCAUCCUCAACAGCGGGCCCCCCGACUGCGACCCCACGCUGGAGAACCCGGGCACCAGCGUCAGGGGCGACUGCGGCAACCCGUCCAUCGGCAUCUGCUUCUUCUGCAGCUACAUCAUCAUCUCCUUCCUCAUCGUGGUCAACAUGUACAUUGCCAUCAUCCUGGAGAACUUCAACGUGGCCACGGAGGAGAGCAGCGAGCCCCUCGGGGAGGACGACUUCGAGAUGUUCUACGAGACGUGGGAGAAGUUCGACCCCGACGCCACGCAGUUCAUCGACUACAGCCGCCUCUCGGACUUCGUGGACACCCUGCAGGAGCCGCUGAGGAUCGCCAAGCCCAACAAGAUCAAGCUCAUCACGAUGGACCUGCCCAUGGUGCCGGGGGACAAGAUCCACUGCCUGGACAUUCUCUUCGCCCUGACCAAGGAGGUCCUGGGCGACUCUGGGGAGAUGGAUGCCCUCAAGGAGACCAUGGAGGAGAAGUUCAUGGCUGCCAACCCCUCCAAGGUCUCCUACGAGCCCAUCACCACCACACUCAAGAGGAAGCACGAGGAGGUGUGCGCCAUCAAGAUCCAGAGGGCCUACCGCCGGCACCUGCUCCAGCGCUCCGUGAAGCAGGCGUCCUACAUGUACCGCCAGAGCCACGACGGCGGUGGCGGCGGGGACGGGGCCCCCGAGAAGGAGGGGCUGAUUGCCGACACCAUGAGCAAGAUGUACGGCCAGGAAAAUGGGAACAGCAGCGCGCAGAGCCAGGGGGAGGCGAGGGGCUGGACAGGGGCCCCCGAACCUGCCAUGGGGCUCAUGCUCAUCAGCCCCUCAGAGGCCGCCCUCCCGCCCACCCCAGCCCUGGGGCAGACUGUGCGCCCCGGGGUCAAAGAGUCACUUGUCUAGCGGGCUGCGGUGAGGUAGCCAGCUGAGCCUGGCACAGCCCCCAAAGCUCCCUGUGGAGGAAGCUGGGGCUCUGAGUCUGGGAUGGAUUCAGCUCCCUGUCGGGAACAGGAUGUGGCCGUGCUGGGGCGAUCGCCCAGGUCACGGAAAGUGGGAAUCAUACCUGAAGGCUCCGCUCUGGGCCCCAGGCCGCUGCCGCCUCCACGAGUUUACCUUCAAGUUGCUCUUACCUCCUCGCAGCCCCAGGGGAGGUCCAGACAUCAGAAUCUCUGCCCCCCUCCCCCAUUGGAUGGGGCCUGUGAUGGGAUGGGCUGCCCUCCUGCCACCAGAGUCUUAAGGGCUACUGACCUCUCCCAGGGCAGGGGCUCAGGCCCCCCGGCUCCCUGUAGGACUAAGAUGUCAUAAUGUCAGUGAGAGCAGACUCCGACCCCAGGGCCUGCCAGCCUUGCCCUGCCCCGGGCAUGCACCACCACCCUGCCGGCUCGGGGAUUCUCUGGGAAAGGGAAACAGCACUGGUCCAGAAACAGCUUGGCAAACCUGGUGGGCCACUGGAUCCUGACACCACAUUGGGCCGGGUUGUGGCCCCUGAAACCCUUUUGUGUUGGUCCAUUGUCUAAGCCCCUGGCUCCCCUGGCUGGGCCCUGGGGGAAGAGCAGGAGGGAGGGUUCCACUUGGGAACUGUCUUUUUCCAGGAAUCAGGGGUGGGCAGGAGAGGUUGGGUCCUGCCAGUGCAUUGCUGCCCUGGGGGCUCUCUCGGCCUGAACCCCCAGACCUGGGGUAGGGUUGGUGACCCUGGUGCUCAGUUGCUUCUCUCUCUCCCUCCCUCUCUCCUCCAUCCACACCUCCGGGGCUCCUGGCAGCUUCACCUGCCCCAGAGAUCUGCCCCCUCCCGCCACGCCCACCUCCUCCUCCUCCUCCUUCCCCUCCUCAGAGCCAUCUAAGAAUGUCCUAGUGGAGCCCUUGUUAGAGAUUUCAACACUGGGGCGAGCACCGCACCCGGCUCAGGCCCAGCCUGCCAACUUCCUGCUGCCUGGAAAGCGGGGUGGCCCUUCUGCUGGCACCACUGACCUAGGCGUGCCAGUGCCAGCCCUCUGCUAGCCCCCAAAUCAGAGUCUGAGCUUGGAGGAGGGGGUGGGACGCCUGCUCAGGGGUCGCUGGAUUUACUCCCCUGCGUGUGUUCCUGUGUGUCUGCUUUAUGCCUGUGUGUAUACCUGUGUGUGUGUGUGUGUGUGUGUUUUUAAGUGUGUGUUUUUGUGUGAAUGUGAACCACUGUGUCGCACCGAGCCUGCACAUGCGUGUAGUAUGGGUAUAUUUGUGUGUGUGUGUGUCAGCAUGCCCUGUAGUGUCCAGCUGGUGGGUGUGUGUGGGUGUGUGUGUGUCUUCUGUGCGGGCCCGUGCGUGUGAGUGGUCCUGUGCUGUGGGUGUGUACGUCAGUGUCAACACCUGGGAAGGUUUGCACAUUGAGUCCCUUGUGCCCUUAGUUCCUCUUCUUUUUCUUCUUGUUUCUUGUGAACAAUUUGAUUAAAACUCAGGAAGCAGCCAAACCUCCAAAACAGUGUGUGUGUGCGCGCGCGCGUGUGUGUGUGCACGUGCGUGGGCGCCCACGGACCGGAGGCUUCCCUUGUCUGCCCUGCUCGCCGGCCUCCCGGCCUGGGCGUCCCUGUCCCUCGGCCCGCACGUCCACUCUGCUGCCUUCCUCAUGUCUGUCACACCCAGGCCGCCCGCUCCCGCCCCCGCCUGCAUCCUCUCUGGAAGGAGCCCCCGCUUCCAUCUCUUCUGGCAGUAGCUGUGGCUCUUUGUUCAGAGGGUUUGUGGUGUGGGCUCAGCCUCCUCCCUGACCGGCGCCCUGCCCACUGCCUUUCCCUCCUCCUCAGGCCCCGGACUCGAUCCUCUCCACCCGGCCGUGCCCCGUGCCGCUGGCAGAGCCAGUGGAGCCGGCGGCCUCCUCCCCUGCACCCCCACCCCAUCCGCACCCUGUCCCGGGGGAGCAGGCCCAAGCCAGGCCAGCAGAGAGGCUCCUUGUACAGUUCUUAUAAUAAACCUCCCCUGGUGCCUCUGCCA